AGGCUCUUGGAACAGUAUAUGAAAGGACUCAGAAUUCUUUCUGUUCAGCUGAAAUAGACACACUUUGAAAUGCUGAAGCUAGAUUCACUUUAUUUCACUAAAGUACAGUGAGCUACAGUAAAUCAUGCCUACCACAUUCAUACCCAGAAGAAGCCUUCGUCUACUGUUGAAGGGGCAUUACAAUCCUUAUUUGGAAUCGGCUAUUUCUCACAAGGAGACCAGAGUCCAACCAACAAAAAAACAGAGAAAAAAAUUUCAAGUCAACACAGAACUACCCCACGUCCCCGUAGAAGCCUGCUUUGACUACAGCAGGAACGAAUAUCAGAGAAGAAAUAUUCUGAAACCAGUUUGUUGGAUCACUUUUCUCCUCUUCUUGUCUUAUGGAUGUGUCUGCCUGACUACUACCUUGCGUCGGCAGUAUCAAGAGUAUCUUGUUACACAGAGAAAUACAGACACGGUCGUAACCCCAGGAUGUAAGAAACGGGAAAGUCUCUUUAGUGAGCUCCAGGAAAAGCUGUUGACUUUGGAGAAGAAGCUUGGCUACCUUCUACCAUCAGCAGAUGUGUUGCCUAACUUUGCUCUGAAAUCUUUGGGGGCAAAGAUUUUACAUGAGAUGACCUCAGCCACAUAUCGUGCUAAAGGCAAAUUUUUUGGAUUUACAUGGAGAAAAGCAUCCGUACCCCCGGACAUUGUUAUUGAGGGAAGAUCGCGUUUUGUUCCAGGGGAGUGCUGGGCCUUUGAAGGUUCCCAAGGACGUUUUUCAAUUGUCCUUCCUUACAAAGUCUAUAUCAGCCAUGUCUCCUUGGGUCACAUUUCCAAACUGUUAACCUUCAACGGUGUCUCAAGUGCUUUAAAAGACUUUUCGGUCUAUGGAAAGGAAGAUGUAGAAAAUGAGGAGACACUUCUGGGAACUUUUCUGUAUGAUGAAAACGGAGACCCACUACAGACCUUUAACAUUCCUCAUCAUAAAACUGGCUCCUUUCGCUACAUUAUCUUAGAGGUGAAGAACAACUGGGGUCAUCCUGACUAUACUUGUCUGUAUGGCUUCCGAGUGCAUGGAAAAAUAGCAGAAUGAAAAACCUGUAAAGCGAAAAGGACAAAAAGAGAGAGGGGUAGUUUAAAAUUAGUGUAGUAUGUAUGGAUGGAUGUAAGAA